CUGUGCCAGGACAUCCCCUCAGCGCCCCCGCCGUGCCAGGACAGCCCCUCAGCGCUCCCGCCGUGCCAGGACAUCCCCUCAGCGCCCCCGCCGUGCCAGGACAGCCCCUCAGCGCCCCCGCCGCCAUGAUGCCACUUCCGUCCCGCGCGCGUCCCCUCAGCAACGGCGGCGCCUCCAUCCGCCAUGGCGGCGCGGCCCCCGCCCCGUCCCCGGCCCCCUCACUGCUCUCACACCCAAAGACGCCGGGAAUUCACCGGCUGCGGGCCGCACGAGGUGGCGCUGCUAGCCAAGCCCUUCAAGAGAAACAUCGUGGAGGAGGCGAUUUUGGCUGAGAGGGUGCAGCAGGAGGAGCAGUGUGAGCAAGAACGUGACCUGCGAGUGUUCUGGCACUACCGCAACGCCUGCGACUGGUACAAGGGCGGCGAGGACAAAUGGCUGCACCGCACUGCCGAGAGGAAGGUCCGGGAAACCCUGCAGCAGUACCUGCAGGAGAUCGAUGUGAGAAGAGAGAGGCUGCGUGACUUUCUGGAGGCAGAGGAAAGUAGGCACUUUGCUGAGGUGGAAGCACUUGAUGAAGAAAAUGCACAGAACAGAGAAGUAAAGAUGAAGGAACAAGCAAAAUUACUGAGGGAGAAGAGGGAGCAGGAUAGACUAAAAGUGGUGACUGAGAAACGAGAGCAACAGUUCAGAAACCGAUGUGAAGAGUAUCGCAUACUCUGUAAAAAACAGAGUGAGAAGGAGCUGGGUGACUGCCAGCUGGCCCAGCAGACUCUGAAGGAGAUACUGAAAAAGGAAGAGAAGAUGCAGGAGCAGAAGUUGGAAGAGAUUUGUGAGAAGGAGCUGUUGGCUAAGGAUGAGGAAGCAGAGCUGAAGGCGCAGGAGGUGGCAGCGCGGAUCCGGGAGAUGCUGGAUGUGCGUGAAGCCCAGGUGGCCGUGCACACCGCUCGCCAAGAGGAGAAGAAGCAGGAGAUCAAAAAGGAGGCUGAAUGGCUGGAACAAGAUCUUCACCAGUUUAGGAAGGAAAAUGAAGAGCUUGAGAAGAAGAGGCGACAUCAGCAGAAGGAAUGCAGGGAGCUAUUGCUCAAAGCAGUGCAGGACAAGCAGAAACAUCUUGAUGCAGAAAAACAAACUCAGCUUGCCCAAGAGAAGAAAAUCUUGGAAGAAGACUUUCAGGACCCCAACAGGAUAUAUGCUGAGAUAACAACGAAAAAACAAGCGCUGUUGAAGGAGCAGCUUACUUACCUGGAUCAUCUGGCUGAACAGCUGAGGAGGGAGAAGGAGCAAGAAAGAGAAGACGAGAAGCUCUUGAAGGAAGAGAGGGAUCAGGCUUGGGCCAAGAGGGUUGAGAAAAUGAAAGAAGAGAGGGAGGCUCGAUUUCAGCUGCUGAGAGAUGUCAUGAACACAAGACAGACUCAGAUGGAGGAGAAGUUGCAGAAAAAAGCACAGAGGAAAAUAGAGAUUGCUGAAGAGAAGAAGAAAAUGGCUGAAGCAAUCAGAGAAUUUGAACGUGAAGAAGAAGAAAAACGUAUAAGAAAAGUACAGAAGGCCAAAGAAUACAGAGACCAGCUCACAACUCAAAUUGCCUAUCAACAGUGUCUCCAGAAAGCUGAGGAAGAGAAGAGGAAGAAAGAGCUUGAAUCAAACAUGGAAGCAGAGAGAAAGUACCAGGAAAGGGUACGGUUAAUUCUGUCAAUGCCCAAUGAGUCUGUGCUAAAGCUUCCCACCACGAAAAAAGCACUAAUGCUUGACUCUUAAGGGCAUCACUCACUGUGGCAUUUUAGCUCACUCAGUUGCCCAUAAAAACAUUUUCUUGGGAUGCUUACACCUGAUUUGAGUUGGAAGAACUCUCUCCCUGGUGAUACUCAAAACAUUUAAUUGGAAAUUACAAGAAACAUAGUAUUUUAAAGUUUUUUUUCCCCACAUGGAUUUUUUUUUUUUUUUGGACAAAUCUGAUCCAAUCCUAAGUGCUUGAAAUUUUAAUUCAAGAAUAUUGCCUGCUCUCUACAAUAUAAUAGUGUAUUAUUAUAACAUGAAUAAUGCACAGGCAUUCUUUUAAAUCUUCACAAAGAAAAUUUGUAGAAAACUUUCAGCAAACCUUUAUUAAAUGCCUUUCAAACUGAAAAGGUCUGCAAAAUUAUUUUCUUUGUAUUUAGAUACCAAGUACAAAACUCUGAAUGUAUUUUACUGUGGGGUGAACAUUAAAAAGCUGAUAUUCUUUUGCACAGAUUCUGGUAGCUGUUGAAUGAUCUGUGGAGUACUGGAGUCCCAAGUCUGCGACUCCUCUCACAGACAGAAUUAAGUAUGCAGAGGUGAAGUUAGAGGUGUCUUGUGAAAAGGUUUAUUCUCUAUAAUUUUCAUGGCACCUCUGCCUCUCUGGGCUUCCUUGGAUCACCACACUCUGAGCACAUGGAAUGUGGGGCCAGAGCACCACCACCAUUUUAAAACAGCAACACAGAAGCUGGCUGGCUGUCCCCAGGAAGGUGUUGGUGGGUUUUGGCAGUGGGGAACAGGGACAUCUCGCUGACCUCUCUGCCCCCAUGCCAGUGGCCAGCUUGCCCCUAAUGCAGGAGGACAUGUGGGUGACACGAGGAGCACGGGUAGGAGUGACCCAGCUGCUCCCCACAGUGCUGCUCCUGACCAGCUCCUUGCUGGAAAUAAAAAAUAGUCAAAACUAUUUCAUUAGUUUUUCCUCUGUCCCGUUCAGAGGAGGGAAGUGAAGAAUCCAUGUAAAACCUCUCAUCCUUUCUUGCUCACAGACUUUGUGGCAUUUGGAAACGUUUUAUGUCCUUUUUUUCAUUUUUCCAUAUGAGUCUUUGCUGCUGCUUAUCUGAAGCUGUUUCUCUCUCCUUCAGCUUUUCAGCUUCUGCCAUCUUUCCUCCAGCUCCUGCUUUUUCACCCUUUUCUUCCAAAACUUGCAUCUUCUACUAGCCACUUGCUCUGCCAUUUUUGCCCUCCCACCCUCCUUUUCAGUUUGUGGCCCCCUGUCAGCAAACCAGGUUGUGUUUUUGUUGUGUGAGAACAUGACUGGAUGCGUAGAGGAGCUGAUAAUUAGCUGGAAUCAGAGCUCAGGAGCACCAGAUCCCAGACAUCUUGGAACAAAUC